AUGAAGGCCCCACCCACCCUCCUGCAGCUGGCAGGGCAGAGCCUGCUGAGGAACGAGGCCCUGGCCAUCUCUGUUCUGGAGACACUGCCCAUGCAGCUCUUCCCUCCUCUCUUCAUGGCGGCCUUCUCUGGGAGACACACUAAGAUUAUGAAGUCCAUGGUGCAGGCCUGGCCCUUCCCCUGCCUCCCCCUGGGGGCCCUGGUGAAGACACAAGAACUGGAGAUCUUACAGGUUGCCUUGGAUGGGGUUGACAUGCUGCUUGGCCAGCAGGUUCGCCCCAGGUGGAAACUGCAGGUAAUGGACCUGUGGUCUGUGCACCAGAACUUCUGGAACAUGUUGUCUGAAGCCAUGGCUGGGGGCUGGGCAACACAGGCUAAGAGCAGGAACCUAGUAGUGGAUGUACCUCCAAGGACAGGGGUGAAGCAGCCCUUCAGGCUGAUAGUUGACCUUAACCUUGAUCUCUGUGACAUGAAUGAAUUCCAAACGUACCUGUUUGAGUGGGUCCAGCAGAGGAAAAGUUCAAUACAGCUGUGCUGUAGGAAGAUGAAGAUUUGGGAACUGAGCACCUACAGCUCCAGGGUAUGGUCCAUCCACAGGGUCAUGUCCCUGUUAGAGCCAGACUGGAUGGAGGAGGUGGAAAUGAAUUGUCCCUUGACCCUGUACACCCUGGCCUUGCUUGCUCAUUAUCUGGGCCAGAUGAGAAACCUGCGCAAACUUCAAAUCUUUGUCCUGGCAUGCAUUUCUCCAGAACAGAAUGAUCAGUUUGUCGCCACCUUCGCUUCUCAGUUGGGAAAACUCAGCCGCCUUGAAGAGCUCAGUAUGAGCAUGGCCUAUUUCCUCCACAGCCACCUGCAUCAGGUGCUCAGGUGUCUGAAGACCCCCUUGGAGUCACUAUCAAUAACUUAUUGCCAGCUUGCAGAAUCAGACUUGAAACAUCUGACCCAAUGCCAGAGCAUCAACCAGCUCAGACACCUGAGUCUGAGAGGAGUCCCACUGACAUAUGUGCAUCCUGAGCUCCUCCAAGUCCUGCUAGAGAAAGUCACAGAAACCCUGAAGACCCUGGAUUUGAAGGACUGUGAGAUCAGAGACCCCCAGCUCACUGCCAUUCUGCCCGCCCUGAGCCACUGCUCCCAGCUCAGCAGGAUCAACUUAUUUGGGAACUCUAUUUCCAUGAGUGUCCUGAAAGACCUGCUGCACCACACUGCCAGGCUGAGCCAGUUGAUCCAGGAGCUGUACCCUGCCCCUCUGGAGAGCUAUGAAAGGCUGGCGGCUGUGGGCACAUGGAGAUUUACCCAAGACUGUGCUGAGCUCAUGGAUAUACUGAGGGCCUCAAGGAAGCCCAAGAUGGUGCUGUUGAGUACUAAGCACUGCCCUCAAUGUGGCAACCGAUGCAUCUAUAACAUGGUAGACUGUGGCUUCCCCUUUGCUGUGCAGAUGCUCUUCCACAUCAGCCACACGCCCAUGAACCCAAUUGUGCCCCCACUGUCCACCCUUGAUGCCUGCUAA